AUGACUUGGACGCCGACGUGGACAUCUGAAGAGGAGAAUGAGCUCAAAGAAUUGUUCAAGCGCAGCGAAGGACGCGAGGCUAAAUUGAAGGAGUUGGUCACGCCGGAUUCUCGAAAAUGGAACUGGCCAGAAGAGGCCUUGAAUAUCGUAAAGGAAGCACGGAAAGACAGCACUGAUCAUUACAAGCUGGUCACAAGAGACCUGUUGAAGUUGUAUACCUGGCCGAGCGAAGAAAUGACAAGACCCGAUAUCUUUAUCGAUGGCGAAGAGAAUUUUAAGAUGUUCGACCGCAAGGAGACGUGGGUUGAGGACGAGGGCUUUUUCCUGUUUAAAACCGACUAUACAUUCUCUGACCGCUGGGACAAGGAGAGCAUGGAGGUAACGAUACUCGUUCCACAAGAGAUGAAGCAGGGACACGAAGCUCCUGUGAUGUGGCUGUUCCAUGGCGGCGGCUACUGCACAGGAGCUGCCGACUUUUACCCCUGGUAUUCCAAGACCGCCAUUGCCAAAGCCAAGAAACGAGGCGCCAUCAUCAUUGCGCCAGACUACCCACUUGCACCCGAAGCAAAUUACGAGGACAUCGUGAAAAGCAUGCGCGACUUCCUCGACUGGUACAAAGAAGACGGCUGCUUCGAGCCCCGUUACACAGAGUGGACGAAGUGGCUAUACAGUAGAACUCCGGGGCAAAAGUAUAGCAUCGACAAGGAUCGCGUAUAUGUGGAAGGUGAGAGCGCUGGUGGUCAGGCUGCGGUCACUGCGAUGUGGCUCAACGCGACGAAGGGUGGACCUAACCUGCCCAUCAAGGUAGCGCUUCUCCGCUACCCUAUGAUUGCGCAUUACAAGCGGGAUUGGGACAAGUCUGCCGAUAAGAAGGAGAAUAAGGGGAAGAAUCAAUACAUGGGACAAUGGUUCACUGAAACAGAAGUCAAGGAACGCGCAAAGGACGUUGGCGCUGUAAUCAGAGAGCUCGAGAAGAGGGGCGUUGUGCCAACUUGCUCGGAGCGUUGGCCUUCACAGGGUAUGGCCUUCGCUUUCAUACUCUCCAUGGCUCAGACUUGGAAAGACCUUCUUCGACGCAAGCAUGGCGACUGUUCUUUGGCCGACCCAACAAAUACCAAUUAUAUGGAUGGCCUAGAGCGCGCAAAGCAUACCUCCAAAGAUGUUGAGCCUGACUUCCUUCCCCCAAUUCACAUCUUCCACGGAUGGGACGAUCCGAACUGCGACGUCAAGGAUACUAUAAAGUUCCGCGAUACGCUGAGAGACUCAGAACUCUACGGCGAUCGUUUCAAGGAGGAUAAUAUGCUCUUUAUGAGUAUCGUGAAGUCUUUGCAGACGAGGCCGACAUGGAACUCCGAGACGGAGAAGGUAGACCGCGGACCCAGCGAGAAAGUGGGUCAUGGUUUCGACUAUUGGCUUGAUGAAGAUAAAGAGCAGUUUUUGAAGGAUGCCUAUACUUGGGUUUGCAAACGGUGGGAUGCUAAGCCGUGA